AUGAAGUUUACGCUUCCAGAGAAUGCUUUCCCUACGAUACAUCUGUCGCCGGAGCAAGAAGAGGCCUUUGAACAAGAGGCACAAGCGGUUGUGCACGAAGCUCUACAAGCAAAUGAAGCUUUUCUCGCUGAGGGGUCCACGUUUCCAGCUACAAAGUGGAGGUUAGUGCGCAAGAAGGACGGACUGAGCGUGUAUAGCGAACGACGGACAGCCGCUACUUGCAGAGCUUCGAAAAGACAAAAGAGCACUCAGCUGCUUUCGCCAUCGAGUCAAAGUGCAUCGCGGACCACAGCGUCGGACGUCUCGUCUAUCUCGUCCGAGGAUACGAACGCAUCUCUCACGGACUGUCCCGCUAUGGUUCUCCAUGGAACGGUGGACGGAUCACUAGAUGACUGUAUGUUCGGGACGUUCGCGUCAACAGAUAAUGCGUGGAAGUGGCGAAGUUCGCACAUCAAUGACCGCCUUGACGAUUCCCGGUUUCUAGCAACUAUCCGCAAGCCAACGCGUGAGGACCCGUUUCAGUUCUUGGGGAUCAAGUGGUUUGCCAAGGAGAAACCGGCAAUACUGUCACGUAUUAUGCAGCAACGCGACUAUCUCAUCAUGGAGGCUACGGGGCUUACUCGCGACUCGAAAGGCGAAACGGUUGGGUAUUGCCUCAUGCACUCAAUCUCAUUGAGUGACGUGCCAGAGCUCACGGAGCUCGGCAUCAUACGUGCCAAGCUUAGUCUGUGCUUCAUCGACCGCCAAAAAGGUCCUGGUAAGGUAGAAAAGUACUGCCGCUCGUUCAGUCAACCCGGCGGUAGAAUUCCAGACCGCGUUGCUGCUGCAGUAGGAGCCGAUGCUAUCAUCAGCGCCUCGCGCAUUGUCGACUAUGCUUGCGUGAAGAAGCUCACGUGGUUUAUAAAGAAAAAAGAAAGCACCAACUUGAGCCGCGUCGAUACACCGGACAGAGUCGACCCAAGCAGUGCGAGACGUGCUACAAACCAUUCAGCACGUUCGCUUCUACUGCGUCCUGCCAUAUCUGCCAACGAGCUAUGUGCGCAAAGUGCAGCGUAG